CCCCCUGCUUGCUAAUGGAAGAAAUGUGCUGUCCGUUCAAGUCUAUCGCGCUUUCGGCCAGGAGUCGCUGAGAUGUUGAGAUCGCAACAAUGCGGCCGUCUUUUGUCAAAUGUAUCGGGCGAUGAAAGGUUUCGUAGGGUGCUAAUGACGGAGAUGGUGGUGUCUGCGCUCUGUCAUCUCACUUUCGCAGCCAGAGGCAACGCCGGGAAACAUGACGACCGACCGCGCGACUAGCCGAAGCCACGUGGCUCAAGCUCACUCCUCAAGUCAAUCUGACCAGAGAAGAUGCUCCUCUCAAUCUCUCUUCCUCAACAAUGGCCGGCUAUCUCGCGCGCACCGCUCGAGUUAGCACUUGCAGCCUGCGUGCCACCUACAGCUCAUCGGUGGUGCGCACCGCCAGUCUGUCAACGUCGGCCGUAGCUCGAGCCUCUUCGACCGAUGCGAAAGACCCUCAACUUGGCGACUACCCGGACCUCCCUCCCAUCAACCUACAGACGCGGCGCUACGACCCCCGAUGGUGGGACCCUCAAGAGAAGCGUAAUUUUGGCGAAACACUUCACGAGCAAGAUGACGUCCUCGGCGUCUGGGCACCCGAUGUCCACAAGACGCCAGCCUUCUCGGCCCUUUUGCAAAUCCUUACAGCUGCGGGCGGCUUCGGUGCCUUUGCCGCCGUAAUCUACCUCUCCUUCCCCGGCAGACCUGCAAACCCGAGAACGUACCCUCGUGAGGGUCUUGCGACUGAGCUAGGUAGCGAGCUUGUUGCUGCAGCAAAGGAAGGCGCAUUUGAUGGAGGCGAAGACGGAGAAGAAGACGAAGCAGAAGAGGACGACGAGUGAAGCAGAGUAAAUCAAUUACAUCACUUGUUGAGACAGUGUGAAAUUGCAUGCUGGAGACUGGAUGGUGCUACAGAAGUGUUCGAAAGAGGAGAGCCUUGUGUACAGUACAAAGAUUGUUGGAUUAUCGAUAUUCUUCUGCGCUGC